UCUCCUGUUGAUUUUUGUUCAUUUAAUCUUACUUUUUAGUCAGCUGUAGAGAUCCUCUUUUUUUGUUCUUGCCUGAAUGUGACAGUGUCAUAGAAGAGAAAAGAUUAGAUGUUGACAGCCAUGUGCACAGCAUAAACCUCUCGUCCGGUCAGUCGGUGGUUGCAGCGGGAUGCCGGUGUAGUCUCGUUUUCCGGUGUUUUUCCGCCCCCUUCCUCUUGGUUUCGCCCAAACUGGCCUGAGCAGCAGCUCCUCGGCUUUAUCCCCUCUGUGCUGCUGCUGCUGGUUGUGAUGAGGAGAAGGAUGAGGAGGAUGAUGCUCCGCAGCUCUGAAUGAAUGCACAGUCAAUGGCCUGCUGCUGGACGGCUGCGUGAUGAGCGCGAUGGCUUUUUAUUGCGCGAAGCCCGGAAUAACUGUGAUUAUGGAAAUCUUUUAUCUGCUGUGGAUGCUGCCGUCGGUGUGGGCUGUAGAAGAAGUACUGAUGGAUUCAACGACAGCAACCGCAGAACUGGGCUGGACCAUCCACCCGUCACAGGGGUGGGAGGAAGUCAGCGGCUAUGAUGAAAACAUGAACACAAUCCGAACGUACCAGGUGUGCAACGUCUUCGACAGCAGCCAGAACAACUGGGUGCGCACCAAAUACAUCCGUCGCCGUGGAGCUCAGCGCAUCCAUGUUCAGAUGAAGUUCUCAGUACGAGACUGCAGCUCCAUACCCAACGUCCCCGGCUCCUGCAAAGAGACCUUCAAUCUGUACUACUACGAGUCUGACUCAGACACGGCAACAAAAACCUCCCCGUCCUGGAUGGAGAACCCCUGGGUGAAAGUGGACACUAUAGCUGCUGAUGAGAGCUUCUCUCAGGUUGAUCUCGGCGGGCGGAUUAUGAAGAUCAACAGCGAAGUCCGCAGUUUUGGACCUGUUUCACGGAAUGGCUUCUAUCUGGCUUUCCAGGAUUAUGGUGCCUGUAUGUCGCUCAUUGCUGUUCGAGUCUUCUACAGGAAAUGUCCCAAAGUGAUCCAGAAUGGAGCCGUCUUUCCUGAGACUCUCUCUGGAGCAGAGAGCACCUCUCUGGUGGCUGCCAGAGGAGUUUGUGUUCCCAAUGGGGAGGAGGUGGAUGUUCCCAUUAAGCUGUACUGUAACGGGGAAGGGGAGUGGAUGGUUCCGAUUGGGCGCUGCAUGUGCAAAUCCGGGUACGAGGCCGUGGAGAACGGUACCAUCUGCAGAGGUUGUGCAUCAGGCUUCUUCAAGGCUGCACAGGGAGACCACACAUGCCUGCAGUGCCCCAUUAACAGCAGAACAACCAAUGAGGGAGCAACUAACUGUGUGUGCCGCAACGGAUAUUACCGCACUGACUCUGACCCUCUACAGAUGCCCUGCACAACCAUUCCAUCAGCUCCUCAAAACGUCAUCUCCAUCGUGAACGAGACCUCUCUGAGGCUGGAGUGGAGUCCCCCGCAGGAGGGUGGGGGUCGGGAUGAUGUUGUCUACAACAUCAUCUGUAAGAGCUGUGGGAGCGGGCGAGGGGGCUGCACCCGCUGUGGAGACAACGUGCAGUUCGUCCCCCGUCAGCUGGGACUGACCGACAACAGCGUCCACAUCAGUGACCUCCUAGCUCACACUCAGUACACCUUUGAAAUACAAGCAGUGAACGGAGUAUCUGAUCAGAGUCCGUACUCUCCACAGUACACGUCCGUCAACAUCACGACCAACCAGGCUGUUCCAUCAGCUGUAUCCAUCAUCCACCAAGUGAGCAGAACCCCCAGCAGCAUCACUCUGUCCUGGUCUCAGCCCGACCAGCCCAACGGAGUCAUCCUGGACUACGAGCUGCAGUAUUAUGAGAAGAACCAAGCAGAGUGGAACUCAUCCCUCACAAGGAGUCAAACCAACACUGCAGUCAUCCGAGGCCUGAAGCCCGGAACGAUCUACGUCUUCCAGGUUCGUGCUCGGACUGUCGCUGGAUUCGGACGCUUCAGUGGGAAAAUGUACUUCCAAACCAUGACCGAAGAGGAAUAUAACUCCAGUAUCCAGGAGAAGCUCCCGCUCAUUAUUGGUUCAGCUGCUGCAGGAGUCGUCUUCAUCAUUGCUAUCACUGUCUUCAUCAUCGUUUGUCGCAGCAGCAGAAGGAGCUCAGACAGGACAGAGUCAGAGUACACGGACAAACUGCAGCAGCACUACACCAGUGGUCACAUGUCCCCAGGGAUGAAGAUCUACAUCGACCCCUUCACGUAUGAAGACCCAAAUGAAGCGGUCCGAGAGUUUGCAAAGGAGAUCGACAUCUCUUGUGUCAAGAUCGAACAAGUCAUCGGCGCAGGAGAGUUUGGAGAGGUGUGCAGUGGAAACCUGCGGCAGCCCGGGAAGAGAGAGAUCCUGGUGGCCAUCAAGACUCUGAAAGCGGGCUACACUGAACGCCAGAGGCGGGACUUCCUGAGUGAGGCAUCCAUCAUGGGUCAGUUCGACCACCCCAACAUUAUCCACCUGGAGGGCGUGGUGACGAAGAGCAGCCCUGUAAUGAUCAUCACCGAGUUCAUGGAGAACGGAUCGCUGGACUCCUUCCUCAGGCAAAAUGACGGGCAGUUCACCGUGAUCCAGCUGGUAGGGAUGCUGCGUGGCAUAGCAGCAGGUAUAAAGUACCUUUGUGACAUGAACUAUGUGCAUCGGGACCUGGCAGCCAGGAACAUCCUGGUCAACAGCAACCUGGUGUGCAAAGUGUCAGACUUCGGUCUGUCACGCUUCCUGGAGGAGGACACUUCAGACCCCACAUACACCAGCGCUCUGGGAGGGAAGAUCCCCAUCCGGUGGACGGCUCCAGAGGCCAUCCAGUACAGGAAGUUCACCUCCUCCAGUGACUGCUGGAGCUACGGGAUCGUCAUGUGGGAGGUGAUGUCGUACGGAGAGCGGCCAUAUUGGGACAUGAGCAACCAAGAUGUUAUAAAUGCCAUAGAGCAGGACUACAGGUUGCCGCCCCCAAUGGAUUGUCCCAGCGCACUGCAUCAGCUGAUGUUGGACUGCUGGCAGAAAGACCGCAACAACCGGCCGAAAUUCAGCCAGAUCGUCAGCACCCUGGACAAGAUGAUCCGCAACCCCAACACCCUCAAGGCCAUGACACCGCUGUCCUCGAGUGUCCACUUACCUUUGCUGGAUCGCAGCACCCCAGACUUCUCUUCGUUCACCACGGUGGACGAGUGGCUGGAGGCCAUCAAGAUGGGGCAGUACAAGGAGAACUUUGCCAACGAAGGCUUCACCAGCUUUGACGUGGUGUCUCAAAUGACCAUGGAAGACAUCCUCAGAGUGGGCGUGACACUGGCCGGCCACCAGAAGAAGAUCCUCAACAGCAUCCAGUCGAUGAGGGCCCAAAUGAACCAGAUCACUUCAGUGGAGGUGUGACACCAGGGGCACACACCAGCUCUGUUUACUGUCGGGAGAACAAGGAGCCAUUAUCCCUGCCUCCUCUUCCUUGAGCGUCUGAAGAGGGCCAAAGACCUUCGCACAGACUCAGACUUCAGACCUCAGCUGUUCCGUCCCUCCCUGAAAACUCUCUCCAGGUUCCAUCAGUCUGCAGCACAGCACAGGUGUUUGGUUGAUCUCUUAAAGCUGCUGUUUGUCCAGGUAACAGUCGUGAACCCAGGCCUCAAACUGCUGGGUUGUGCAUCUUUAGCCAAACACAUUUUGUUUUAAAUUAUGACACCAUAAUUAGUUUUACGACCAUCUAGCUUAAACAUUACGUGAUUGAGACGCUUUCUACAUUGUUUUCUGUAAAUGCAAGCUUCAUCAUUAGCUUAAAGCUUGCAGUAACCAUUGUUAUUCUCAUUGCUUUCUGAAGCCAGCUCUUGCUGCUGGAACGACAUGUGGGUGUCAGUCUUCUAAAAAUUUGACCGGGAGGCAACAGGGCACCGAGCUGGGGCUUUGGUUGUUUAUACCAGAAAGAGAAGAUGUACUUUAUUGACAGCCAAAUGGAGUCACGCAACAUACAGAUUCAACUUAACACAAGAUAUAUCACAGAAAAAGUCUGAUUGUAUACCGAUGACAAUACAACACGAAACAUCAGAUUCAAAACAAUACUAUACAACUCAACUUAUUACGGCACAACAUGAAAAGACAUGAUAUGUAAUGAAACGAUAACACGAUUUGACAUGGCGCGACAUGUAACAACAUGAAACUCAACUUGACUUGGUAUGGUAAGACACGAAAAGGAUACGAGACGAAACAUAAUGGUACCGUACGAUAUGAAAUGACAGCGCAACAUGGCAUGACAUGACAAAAUAUGAGAAGACACUAAAACUAAACAAAACAAUAGGAUACAACUUGACUUGGCACAGCACAAAAGGAUAAGACACAACACAGUACGGUACAAUACGAUGCUACACGAAACAAUACAAUACGUCACACUUCAUUUUCCCAUGUAGGACAUUUUUCUUACACUCAGGUAGGUACUGCUCUAUUUCAGUUCCCUGCACAGUCAUAUUAAUAAAUGAAUACAAUAAAUACAAACAACCAUCCUACUGUCAACAGAGAAUAACGCAUCAAUAUACAACACCACAAAGGCAACAGGAAACAGCAGCCUGAAACCUGGCUGCAGUAGUGUGUGCUCUCUCCUCCGGGUUGCAAACUGAGGCGGUUCUGCAGGUGGACACAACAGUAAGAGCCAACAUUUACGAGCACCUGAUUUGUCUUUGGUUUAUAGAAAGUUAAAGAUCAUGCACUCUUCCAAGAAAAGCAAAGUGUACACUGCUGAGGUUACAGCACAUUGAUUCUCCAGCUGAGCUUAGUUUGACUCCGGUUAACUUUCAUAACUGUGCCUGAGACGCUGGUUUCGUUGGGUUUUGCUCACUGUGAUUAUUGACCACUAGACCGGAAUGACACGUAGAGAUUUGCCCUUUAAAAGGGCCUUUUUUUAAAGGUCACCACGUUCUUCAAUGCCUGUGCUGUCAGAAGCUGCAGAUGCUGAUUUGAUGGUGAAUGGACAUCUGGGACAAAUCAAAGAUCCAAGUUGCUCCUAUCCUUUCAAAAUGGCCUCCUUAAUGAACCCUGGGCGAGCUGGUCAUCGGAAAGGUAUUUUUUACAUACACGUCUUCUUGCCAACAAAAUGACAUUUGAACCCUCUACACACUCCAGCCACCUGAAAUGGACCGUAUGUAAAUGUUGAUUGGACCAUAUACUGUAUGUCUCACUGUGACCUCACCGUCCUUUUUACUGUGAAGCUGUGUAGAGUUACUGUAAAGUUCAGGUUAGGAAACAAUACAUUACAGUCAAAGCUGUCUCAGUGCUGCUACUUUACAAGAUGUUUUACAUGCAGAGGACUCAGUGUAAGCGUUUAAACACAGUCAACAUGUUGUACAUAUCAGUAUACUCUGCUUUGUUUUGGCUUUCAAACCAACAACAGCUGUUUCAUACAGUCUGUUAACCACUCACUGAUAACGUGCAAUCUGUUUUAGUUCAGUUAUCUGUGUUGAUUUAUUAAGACAUUAUUGAACAGUGCCCAGUGUUGUCUCAAAAUCCCUCUCAGCUACCUGUCUGAUAAAAGCUCAGCAAUUGUUGUGCAGAAGCAUUCACUGAAUCACACUGGAUGUGCACUUCACCCUUUGACUCUAUAAUGAUGGACAACAUGUCUCCACAUCCUCCCGUUUGGUGAAUGUUGCACGUCAACGUUGACAUCCUCCGCAGAAAGUUGAGUCUAAAUUUCAGGGGGUUAUUUGUGCACUUUUCAGCCACGCAGAAGUGUUUUCCUUUUGUAUGAAAGUUUCUCGUGAGUUGCACUCUGCAACAUUUUGCCAACCUAGCUACCAGCACAAGCAGGAUUCUAAAUGUUUGUAAAGUUACUCCCAAAAUAAGUAGAUUGUUAAUAAACAUAGUCAGUAUUUCUUCACUCUGACUGUAUUAAAGGCCAAAUAAUGUAUGUGAAAUCUAAUCAUGGAGAGGAAAUAUUUGCAGUAUUUGUACCGCUGAAAUGCAGAAAGUUUGAGAGCUCUUGACAAAGUGUGGUGCGGUGCUAAAAAUGCAUGAUCAAUGAAUGCAUCUUAAUUUCUGAACAGAGACAGAGCCCAUGGAUCCAGCCGGUGUUAAAGCUCGAGCUUCUGUUUGAAGAAGUUGUUAAAAAGGGCAACAAGUCCUCCUCACAGAUUAGCCUCGGUGUUGUUUGUUAGCCUCUUAAACCAUUUCAAACCAGUCUUACAUCCAUGCCACUGUCUGCAGCGGUGCAAGAGUUUGAUUCGAUUAAGUCAGCUGAAAAUGUGUUGUUAUGCAUGGUCUUUUGCAUCUUAACAGUGUUUUUCUACUUCUACAUUUGGUUUUGGCAAGCAGGAUCACCAUAUGUUUAAAAGUGAUGUAUUAGAGCUGUAAACAUGGCUGCAUCAUGCUUUAACACAUGCAAUUCAUCUUAUAAGAGCUGUCUUCACAUGCAUCAACCCUUAAAAGAAUCCAGCCUGGAGUAUUCCAGGCGCCUUCAGACAUCACUAAGUCAGAAUUUUAAAGGGAACUUUACAGAAAUGCUGUCGCUUUAUAAAAAUGUGAAUUUUGAUAAAAGUUUUAUAAACUUUA